GUUCUUUAUUCCGAAGGGAGCAAACGUGUGCUGAAUGACUGUCACCAGGUUGGUCAGUGGCGACGCUUCGUGCAUGCACAAUACCUGAACUGCUAUUCAUACGAUUUGCUGGAAAAGUAUCGUGAUCACGUGAGAACCAUUGAGCUGUUUGUGUAUCUGGACGUACCACCCAACAAAACGUCCUGUGUCGAUUGUUUCAGUGCUGAAAUCAAGUCUCAGUUGAGCGGAGCCGUUGUGGUCGUUCACAACGCGGAUACUUAUCCAGACAUCAAUCAGGAAGGAAUAAAUAUUCAACCGGGCAGUCUGACAGAGAUCAAGGUAAAAACAAUUAAACACAUACAAAAGACCCCUCCAUAUGGACGAUGCUCACCGGACACACCGAAAACUAUUGAAUUAUACGGUGCCGCACCUUACAGGUAUUCAGAACACGCUUGUCGAAUGAGCACAAUACAG